AUGAGGUUUUCUUUACUUUUGGUAAACUUUUUACUUUACCUAAACCAUGUUCAGUGUGCUUAUCGCAAUGGUUCUUAUAAUUUGCUUUCCCUGCUAAGUUCAAAUUGGAAACUCAGAAGUUACACAUCUCUGGGUUUAAACCCUCCCAAAUGCUCAGUUAUUUCAAGUCAUCACUCUAGGUCUCCUUACAUUACCAUGUAUGGUCUUUCUAGGCACUACACUGCUGUGCUCACUGGGUAUGAUUUACAUGCCGACAAAACGAUGCCUAGACCUAACAAGGGUAUUUUAUAUGGCUUAAACGCCAAGGUCAGGCCUAGCAUCACUGGCAAGGCUAGGUUUUUAUUUCAUUCUGAUUUCGAAAUGCCCUUUAUAAAGCAUGGCAAGGGUGAUGAAUUUUGCUGUCACAUUUAUGCUCCGCCAUUGAAAAUGGGUCCAAAUCUCAAAGCGGCUUUAGGCACUCGUUAUAGUGACCCUAAACGUUUUUUCGGUUCCGAUGAAAAACUCGAUAUAAUUAUCAAAAGCGAGGGCAAUCCUAAUUCACGCAGGAUUACCAGCUGCUGUUUUAUUAUCGACUAG